CGGAUUGACAUUCGAUCUAACUAGGAUCAGCAUCUACGACUGCCGAAUUAAGGAAUAAUAAUUCCAAUGUUUAAAUCUCCAUCUAACCAACAGCUUCUCUGCAAAAGAACUUGAGCUAAUCAAGAAGAGCGUGACCACGCGGAUGAACCGCGUUUCACGAGACGCGAGCUUCAAUGGAUAUAGGAGAUAGCCAUGUCUUUCAGUCACCGUGGGGGGAUUUACCAUAAAUUCAACAAUGUUCCCACACAGCUAUGCCUUGUUCCAACUUCUCAUCAUUCUCGACUAUUCCUUCUCUAACAUCAACUGAGUUUUGUUCUCCUGGGAUAUCAUGGCACAUUCGAGCCACGCUUCAGCCUCGGGGUUACCCGACAUCAAUAGCAUCUUGAUACCUCUAGCUAUCGUUGGCUUUCUACUCCAAUGGGGUACAAUGCUAAUCCAAGGAUCUCUCGUUCAGUAUAUUAUAGUAUCUUGGCGAGGUUACUUUCCGAGCGGCACUCCCGUGAAAAACGUCUGGACGGGCAUCUUCCCUCUCGACCAUCCUCUCGUUAUUCUCGUAACCUUCUUCCAAUCAUUGCUGAAUCUUGCCGAGAAUCCCCACCUUGAGGGGUAUCUGCUUCUUGUCGACUUGCUUUUUGCGCUCUCCGUUCCGAGCCUUCUCGCCGUUGCUGAGGAUCGACGCAAUAGAAAGACCGGACCUCUUAGAUACUCUGUAUUCUGGCAGAUGUUAUGGGGUUUCUUCGGCGUAGCUUCAGCUGUAUCUACCUUCACCCGCUUGUAUAUCAAACACCGGCUCCCGAACAGCCCCAGUCUACCUGUCGACCAAGCGCAGGCACUUCCUUUCACGGCCAUACUGCAAGUUCUUCUCGUUCCUGUCGUUGUAACACCAUAUGUCCUUGGUGCUUCCCUCACGCAAGUUGCGUACGGCACUGAUCUCGUCAGCAAUCUCAUAGCCAGAAUUGGUACUAUCUUCUUGAGUCCAGUGGUUCUUUCUUACUAUAUUGUUGGCAUUUCUAGCGCCAUAUUUCACUGGGCCGUUGUUCUGUUCACGCUUCAGUCCCCAGAACUUAGCUUACUUACACUCUACAUCCCAAACCCCAGCCUUGUACAACGUGGUAGCCCAACUCAGAUCGCUGAAUCGGCCCACCACUUCAUCCAGUAUGGAUACCUAUUCUUCAAUAUUUCCGUUAUCAUUCUUGGAAAGUACGCCUCCACCUUGAACAAGGUAGUCGACGGAAGGACUCCUGGCAACAACCCCUUUUUGACGCUUGUGACUGUCACAGCAAUCGGAGGACCCGGGGCUGGGAUGGCUUGGAUACUAAGCAAGAGGGAGAAGGAGACGGCUGAUGCUCGUGCGUACGCCAAGAAGGGCUGA